GCCGAGGCAGUCUUGUCGGGGAGUAGAAAACCGAAGAAGUAGAUAGUGUGCUCGAGUCCAGCCGCGUUGACUCUCCUUUGCUAGAAAAGUAAGCACCCACAUUGCUAAUGGGUUCGGAUUCACGACACUCGACCCCGCUGCACGAUGUGCCCGGAUUGGGCAUGCAGCACAACGGCAGACGGUCGUUGAAACUGCUCAAAUCCAAAGAUAUAGCCGGACUGGCCGGCAACGGGAACCUCAAUUUUAAUAGAAACAGCAAGACAAACCAGGACCUGCUACAAGCGCAGAACAUGACCAUGUCUCCAGACGAGAUGCUGACCCUCAUCGAGGCCAACGUGCGAACCUACGAUAUCGUUAACAGCCCUAACGACGACACAAAUAUCAACAAGUACUACAGUCUGAAUGUCAACACUAUUCCGCCGUACGUGCUGGCCCGUCUAGCGUACAAGGGGAAUGCAGAUACCGACAGCAACAACAACGAGAACGUCUACAUUGAGGCCACAAACGACGAUGACCCCUUUACGGCAACCUUUCGAGACAGCCGAAGCAACAAGGUCAAGUGGGGAGAGUUUCUACACACAAUCAAGAUACCGACGUCUUCUGUUCCAGUGAAAAAGUCGGCCAGGAGAGACGACAUGGGCUACGAAGCCGGCGAAAUCUAUGACAGCAGCGAAGGAAGCGCCGACGAGGAGGAUCCUCCAAACGAUGGGGAUCCUCAGCCUUACUGUCCAUCUUUAACGUCGGAUUCCGAAAAACAGAUAGCUUUAGAAAUCUUCAAAGGGUAUGAUCUCCAUUCAAAAUGGAAGGGAGGAUCGAGGUUGAGAGAGUUGUUCGAGUCCGCAGAUAGUUUGCGCUCCACGACAUCUACCGAUUCAGAAUCCAGUCUUUCGGACAUCGCUGGCGAUAGCAAUGGCAACGAUAUAGAUCUUGAGAAGGGAUACAAAAGCAGGCUUAAAAGACAUAGGCUUCUCAUGCAUCGACAUAAGAGAGAGCGUGACAUCAAAGAUAGAGCCAAAUAUUGGAUCAGUGAGAACAAAAAAACUUGGAAGCCGAAACUUUUGGACUCUAUCAUGACAAACUCAUACUUCCCGCUAUUUUUCAGGUUGAUUUCCAUUUCUCUAUCUACGGUUGCUUUGGGAUUGUCUUCUAGACUUGUCAAGAUGACCGAAGCCUUUGACAUUUCCCAGCAACCUAGUCCCCUGAUGGCAAUGAUUGUGCAGGCAGUCGGAAUAUUCUAUUUGCUGUACAUUACAUAUGACGAAUUUACCUCCCAGCCGUUGGGAUUGAGAGAUCCGACAGCAAAAAUAAGGUUGGUUUUACUUGAUUUGCUGUUUAUCAUCUUUUCCUCGGCAAACUUGUCUCUCAGUUUCCAAUCUAUCUAUGACAGUAGGUGGGUAUGCACCGUUGGCAAUGGUCCAGGUGAACUACUGUACGACUCUUCUAUGUGCAACGAAGUCAAGGCACUCACAGCCUUUUUGUUCCUCACGUUAGUUGCUUGGUGCAUCAACUUCACCAUCAGCGUCUUCAGGAUUGUACACGCUGUUUCGUACACGAGAGAUAAGAACUGAACCCCAGAACGUCUCUUUUCUCUGUUUUGUAAUAUACUAGAUGUGUAAUGUCUAGAGUUUGACCCCGUAAUAUAUACCCUUU